AUGAGAGGAUUAGACUUUUUCUAGAAAGUUAAUUAGGAUAUUGACACUUCUACUGCUACAGGAGGUGUUUACUCCAUCAUAGCUUUUGUCGUUGGAUUCAUUUUAUUCUGGAAUGAGUUAAAGGAUUAUAGGACAGAUUAAAUGAUAUAUAAAAUGAGAGUUUAGUAAUUAGAAGUAGAAUCGGUUAAAGCAAAUAUUGACCUACAUAUAUACGGAUCUCCUUGCACUUUACUUGCUUUGGACUUGCAAGAUGAAGUAGGAAAUCACACCCUUGACUACACAGACACAAUUAAAAAAAUAAGAGUCCUUAAGGAUGGUACUGAACUUGAAAGCGGUUUUGGUGAUGGUAAUCCUAACUAUAGAGGUAGCUCCCAAGAAAUUGAUGAAGCUAUAGAUGCAGUUAAUAAUGAAGAAGGUUGCAGAAUUAAUGGUUACAUCAAUCUUAAAAAAGUUCCUGGUAACUUCCACAUCAGCUACCAUGCAAAGAUGGAUGUCAUGAACAGAAUUGCAAGCACCAAACCUGAUACCUACAGCAAAAUAAAUUUAAAUUACAAGAUUAAUCAUCUUGGAUUUGGAGAAAACACUAAUCAUAUGGCAACAAUCUUCAAGAUCAUGGGCAGAACUUUAUUUUAAGAAACUAAUACCAAUGAUUAUCCUCAUGACGAUACAAAAUAUAUUAAUCCUGGCAAGAACGACUAUGAUAACUACCUGAAAAUUCUCCCAUGUCGUUAUGAUAGUAACAAACUGCAUAUGUCUGUUAGCAGAUAUAAAUAUGCUAUGUACAGUACUCACACUCCUAAGUCAAGCACUGAAAUACCCACUAUUUUCUUUAGAUAUGAAAUCUCUCCUAUUAAUGUUUAUUACAGCACAAAAUCUAAGAGCUUCUACCAUUUCUUAGUCUAAAUCUUUGCAAUUGUUGGAGGUAUUUUCGCAGUUAUGGGAAUUUUCAACAGUUUGACUACAGGAGUCAUCUCUAAAAUCUCAAAAAAUCAUUGA